AUGAAGCUGACCGACAUCCUAAGUGGUCCCACUCCGCCGACCGCCUCUGUUAAACCCGUUCACUUCAAGGACACCGGCAUAGAUGACAAAUGGGCGGUGGUGAUUGAGGACUUGCUAACGCCCACCGAAUGCGAAGACUUGCGUUCUCUUGUCGAGCCUCUAGACGGCGAACCCUGGCCCGCAGCCACACUCACGGCUUACAGUGGCUUGGCGGUCCAUCAACAAGAGACCAGGCGCUGUGGCCGAAUCAUCUUCAGCUCGCCUGUUGUAGCUGAAGCCCUGCUAGCACGGAUCAUGCCCUUUUUGCCUGAGAAUAUCACGACCCUGUGGAACGCAAUGGAUAUCACGGGGGCCAUCCCAGCAGUCAGAAAAGAGAGGUGGCAGAUCUCUAACUUGAGUGAAGAUCUCAGAUUCUUGAAAUAUGAGGCUGGCGACUAUUUCAAACCCCAUUGCGACGCGGUAACCUCGAUUGGCGGGAAGAGAAGUUUUCUGACUGUACACCUGUAUCUGAAUCACGAAGGGUUGGAAGGGGGUGCCACGAGUUUUAUGUUGGACUACAAGGACCCCGAGAACAACUAUGUGAAGGUCGAUCCCAAGGCGGGCAGUGUGCUGGUAUUCCAGCAGAGAGAUUUAUACCAUGAGGGAUCCCUGGUUACGAAGGGAACCAAGUAUACCGUGAGGACGGACGUGUUGUACGAGAAAGUCUGA